CGGGCCCCCAGGAAGGCAAAGGUGACCCCUGAUGUUGUCAUGUUACAGAGGCGCAUGCCGCAGUGCUUUCGUGACCCGUCCUCUGCUCCUUUGAGGAAACUCUCCGUCGACCUGAUCAAAACCUACAAACACAUCAAUGAGGUAUACUAUGCAAAAAAGAAGCGGAGGCACCAGCAGGGCCAAGACGAAGACUCCAGUCACAAAAAGGACAGGAAGCUCUACAACGACGGUUAUGAUGAUGACAACUAUGACUACAUUGUGAAGAAUGGAGAGAAAUGGAUGGACCGCUAUGAGAUUGACUCCCUAAUUGGAAAAGGCUCUUUUGGGCAGGUUGUUAAAGCAUAUGACCGAGCGGAACAGGAGUGGGUGGCAAUUAAGAUCAUCAAGAACAAGAAGGCUUUUUUUAAUCAAGCUCAGAUUGAAGUCCGACUGCUGGAGCUCAUGAACAAGCAUGACAUGGACAUGAAGUACUACAUAGUCCACCUCAAGCGGCACUUCAUGUUCCGUAAUCACCUGUGCUUGGUGUUCGAGAUGCUCUCCUACAACCUGUACGAUUUGCUGCGCAACACCAACUUCCGCGGUGUUUCCUUGAACCUCACACGCAAGUUUGCCCAGCAGUUGUGCACAGCGCUGCUUUUCCUGGCUACACCUGAACUCAGCAUCAUCCACUGUGACCUGAAGCCAGAGAACAUCCUGCUCUGCAACCCCAAGAGGAGCGCCAUCAAGAUAGUUGACUUUGGCAGCUCCUGUCAGCUGGGACAGAGGAUCUACCAGUACAUCCAGAGUAGGUUUUAUCGCUCCCCAGAGGUGCUGCUGGGCAUGCCUUAUGACUUGGCCAUUGACAUGUGGUCACUUGGUUGCAUCCUGGUGGAGAUGCACACAGGAGAGCCUCUCUUCAGCGGAGCCAAUGAGGUGGAUCAAAUGAACAAAAUAGUAGAAGUGCUAGGAGUUCCCCCAAACCACAUACUGGACCAGGCGCCCAAAGCAAGGAAGUUCUUUGAGAAAAUGUCAGACAGUACAUGGAGUGUCAAGAAGACCAAAGACGGUAAACGGUACAAGCUGCCAGGCACCCGCAAGCUCCACAGCAUUCUGGGCGUGGAGGUGGGAGGUCCUGGAGGUCGCCGAGCAGGUGAGUCUGGGCAUGCGGUAGCUGAUUACUUAAAGUUUAAGGACCUGAUCUUGCGGAUGCUGGACUAUGACCAGAAGAGUCGCAUCCAGCCCUACUACGCCCUGCAGCACAGCUUCUUUAAGAAGACGGCUGAUGAAGGGACCAACACGAGCAGCAGCGUGUCCACCAGCCCUGCACUGGAGCACUCCCAGUCUUCGGGAACCACUUCUAGCACCUCCUCCAGUUCAGGAGGCUCAUCUGGGACCAGCACCAGUGGGCGAGCUUGCUCCGAUCCAACACACCAGCACCGACACAGCUCUGCUCAAGCCAUGGACUGCAGCAACCUCUGCGCAGAGGCCAGGCAGCACUUCCCUGCGGCGGUGGGCUGGACUAGCAAUGAUGGCGCUGAGCUCGUGGCGACAGGAGAAAGCCAUCCCGUACAGGAAACCACCUUUCACCUGCCUCCUCACCAGUCCAAGGCUAUCCAGCCCCUGGCCUGCUCUUCCUCCCAUCGCCAUCACCACCACCACGGCCACCAUCACCACAGACACCAUCACCACAGCCACUCCCACCAGUUUCACGGACAGCGGCACGGUCCUGCCAGACCCCGAGCCCAUCGCUACCACUCACCCACCAACGACGCCUCCAUGCAAGACUCAGUGGAGAUGGCCCGCGGCCACCUGUCCAUGACCUCGCUGUCUUCCUCUGCCUCCUCAUCCUCCACGUCGUCCUCUUCAACCGGGAACCAGGCCUACCAGCUGCGCCCCCUCCCUGCAAACACAGCCUUAGACUUUGGCCACAGCGGCAGCAUGGGGCUGGGAGCCUUCUCCAACCCCAGACAGGAGACUGGAAUGGCCCAGCCUGCCUAUCCAGCAGCUAUGAGACCGGCCACAGACAGAGAUGAGGCGGCCAUGGCCGGAGUCUGCAUGCAGAGUUCAGUUGCCAGUUCAUGA